CGAUUAGAUAUGUGGCCGGCUGGCUUUGGGCAGCUAUUUAAGUGGAUCGCCGCUGCCACGCGGUUGCUUAGUCUGUGCCAAGAUGAAGUUCUCCCUGGGUUUGCUAGUACUAUUCUUGGGCGCCACUCUAGUGGCCGCCGAUCACGAUUAUGAGGGUUAUCGCAUUUACGAGGUUACUCCUUCGAAUUCUGACCAGGCUCAACUGCUGCACCAGCUCAGCCUGCAGGGAUUUGAUUUCAUCAGCGAGAGUCGCCUGAUAGGACAUCAUUCUCGUGUGAUCGUGAGUCCUGACCAGUUGGAGCAGUUCCAGCAGUUGGUUGAGGGGGAGAAGAUUGACAACACCCUAGUGAAUUCCAACCUGGGAGCCUCCAUUGCCGAGGAGUUUGCCCAGCGGCAGAUGCAGCGUCUUUUGGCGCCCAUCACGGGAAAGGGUCGCCUGAGCACGGAGCGCUAUUACACUCACGAGGAGAUCAUUAACUAUAUCGAUGACCUGGCCAACCGUUUUCCCAAGCGGGUGUACGUUAAGACCGUGGGUUGGUCCUAUGAGCAGCGAGUCCUGAAGACCAUCACCAUCACGAAUGGCGAUGGAAAGGCCGGCAAGAAGUUGAUCUUCAUGGAUGGCGGUUUCCAUGCCAGGGAAUGGAUUUCUCCGGCGGCGGUUCUCUAUGUCAUCGAUCAGCUUGUGGAGCAUUUCGAGGAUAAUGCCCAUCUGCUGGAGGACUACGACUGGGUGAUCCUUCCCCUGGUGAAUGCCGACGGGUAUGAGCACUCCCAGACCGGAACCACGGCUCGCAUGUGGCGCAAGACCCGCCAGCCGUAUAAGUAUGCCGGACGGACGUGCUACGGAGCGGAUCCCAACCGGAACUUUGCCUUCCACUGGAACGAGGAGGGUGCCUCCUCAAAUCCCUGCGCGGACACCUAUGCCGGCCCAACCGCCUUCUCCGAACCGGAGACCAUUGUCGUCCGGGAUCUGAUGCACUCGCUGGCGGACAGGGGCGUUAUGUACCUCACCAUCCACUCCUACGGAAACUAUCUGCUGUAUCCUUGGGGAUGGACUUCCGAUCUGCCCGAAAACUGGGAAGAUCUGGAUGCAGUAGCCCGCACUGGAGCCGAAGCCAUUAAGAGCGCCACUGGGACCGAGUACACCUACGGAUCCUCCACCAACGUCCUAUACAUUGCAGCUGGAGCCAGUGAUGAUUAUGGCUACUACGCCGGCUUCAACGUUUCCAUCACCAUGGAGUUGACAGGAGCUGGCUCGAUCGGAUUCAAUCCUCCAGUCACCCGGAUCGAUGAGUUCGUCACCGAAACCUGGAUCGGUAUCCGUGCCAUGGCCGAGAAGCUAAUCGAGAUGUACUAAAAUCAUAUCAUAAGCUUUCAAUAAAAUGCCAUUAAUAUUAA